AUGAGGGCCAUAGACAAUGUUUUAAUGUACCACUCACGACCAGCACAUCCAUUCCGCGCUGUGAUCACUAAAUUGUCUCAUUCUCCUCAGCACAACUCUGUCAUUCUCAGGACCACCUCGCUCUUUGCGACUCCACGGAUCUGUCAUUCUCAGGACCAGCGCUCGCUCGCUAGCCACCAAGAGGCUCUCAUUCUCAGGACACCCACUCUCUACACAACGACCUCCAGCGACUACGGAUCUGUCCAUUCUCCUCAGGACCAGCGCUCGGAUCUAUCGCUAGCCACCAAGAAACUCUCAUUCUCAGGACACCCACUCUCUAGACACCCACUCUCUAGUGACCAAUUGUACUCCCUCAGCACAACGACCUCCAGCGACUACGGAUCUGUCAUUCUCAGGACCAGCGCUCGCUCGCUAGCCACCAAGAGACUCUCAUUCCCACUCUCAGUGACCACUAAAUUCGCAGCGACUACGGAUCUGUCAUUCUCAGGACCAGCGCCACACAAAUUGUACUCCUCAGCCAACGACCUCCAGCGACUACGGAUCUGUCAUUCUCAGGAUCAGCGCUCGCUCGCCUCAAAACUCUCAUUCUCGGACACCCACUCUCCCAGAGCCACCAAGAAAACUCAUUCAUUCUCAGGACCAGCGCUCGCUCGCAGCCACCAAGAAACUCUCAUUCUCAGGACACCCAAUCUAGUGACCACUAAAUUGCACAACAACGACCUCCAGCGACUACGGAUCUGUCAUUCUCAGGACCAGCUCUCGCUCGCUAGCCACCAAGAAACUCCUCAUUCUCGGGACACCCACUCUAGUGACCACUAA